GCUCCUCGCAAAUGUGUACUUGGACACCCCUUCUCUUUUCGAAUCAUUAUUCUGAAUCUCCCUCCGACCAUCCUCUUCAUUUCGGUCGCCGCCGACGUAUUUUCCGGCUACCCCAUCGCCGUAAAAUUCAAUUAACGCUUUAUAUUCACCGCCUUGAAAUACCCCAUUAAGUCAAUCCAUGCCAUCCACUUUUGCAACAUAAAGUGAAGUACUCUUGGCACCUGCUGCUUCAAGUUUGAUCUCGGGUCUCUUUUGGGUCGGGUCAGGCUUAAGAAGUUCGGUAGCAAUGGAGGGAUCAUUAUUACAUCAUGUGUGCAUUGUGUUACUUGUGCUUUGGUUGCUCUCUACUUACAAUUGGUUCCACCCUGUUGCCUACUUUAUCUCCUUAAUCUAUCUUUACUUGGUUCAUGAACGCUAUGUGAUGCGGUUGCGGAAGAGAGUUCAGUUUGAAGAAAGAAGACAGGCUAAUCAAAGAAGGGUGCUUUCAGAUUCUGAAACAGUCCGUUGGCUGAACCAUGCCGUUGAAAAGAUGUGGUCUGUUUGCAUGGAGCAGAUUGUCUCACAGAAAGUUCUUCUUCCUAUUGUACCCUGGUUCUUGCACAAGUACAAACCAUGGACAGUUAAAGAUGCAGCAGUUCAACAUCUGUAUAUGGGAAGGUCACCCCCUAUGUUUACAGAUAUAAGGGUUCUUCGACAGUCUUGUGAUGAUGACCAUUUGGCUUUGGAGCUAGGAAUGAAAUUCCUUACUGCAGAUGACAUGAGUGCAAUACUUGCAGUGAAACUCAGAAGAAGGGUGGGUCUUGGGAUGUGGGCGAAGCUGCAUCUAACAGGAAUGCAUGUAGAAGGAAAGGUCUUAGUUGGGGUUAAAUUUCUUCGACGGUGGCCUUUCAUUAGUCGUUUGAGGGUGUGCUUUGUUGAACCACCAUACUUCCAACUAACUGUAAAGCCUCUUGUUGCUCAUGGUCUGGAUGUUACUGAACUUCCUGGAAUUGCUGGAUGGCUGGAUAAACUUCUGGCCAUUGCAUUUGAGCAGACACUUGUUGAGCCAAACAUGCUGGUUGUUGAUGUGGAAAAAUUUGCUUCACCAGAACCAGAAAAUUGGUUCACUGUUGAUGCAAAGGAGCCAAUAGCUCAUGCUCUGGUAGAAGUCUUGGAGGCAUCUGAUAUGAAGCCAUCAGACAUGAAUGGUCUGGCUGAUCCAUAUAUAAAAGGGCAACUCGGUCCUUACAGAUUUAGAACCAAGACUCAAAAGAAAACGUUGUCACCAAAGUGGCAUGAAGAGUUCAAGAUCCCUAUAAUUUCAUGGGAGUCUGGAAAUGUGCUUGCUAUUGAAGUUCGUGACAAGGACCACUUUGUAGAUGACACACUAGGGGACUGCUCGGUAUGCAUCAGUGAAGAUAUCCGGGAUGGCCAGAGGCAUGAGAUGUGGUUGCCUCUCCAGAAUAUUAAAAUGGGGAGAGUGCAUCUAGCGAUAACUGUUAUUGAAGUUACAGGGAAGGGGGAUGAUCAAACAUAUCAGGAGGAGCCAUCAACUGCUGAAAAUUCAUUUUCUAGUGAUGCUAAAUUGGGAGACUCUUCUGGAUUAGGAGAGAAGUCUCCAAAAAUGGCUGAUGAAUUUGAGCCUAUUGAUUAUGAAGGGAAACCAGAGACUGGAAUCUGGGUCCAGCGCCCAGGAACUGAAGUUGCACAAGUCUGGGAGCCUAGAAAAGGGAAGGAUAGGCUUAUGGAUAGUAAAAUACUAGGAGAACGUGGCAGUGAGUCCGUUAGUAAUUCAAAGUCAUCAGCCCAGAGUUCAUGUGGCAAUGUUAGCAGUAGCACUGAUGAAAGUCAGGAAGGCGAUGAAAAUCGUUCAAAACACAGAGUUCGCAGAGGCUUGCAGAAAGUUAAAACAGUAUUCCGUAGAAAUUCUGGAAAGGAGGAUAGACGCAGCAGCUUUGAAUCUCUGGUCUCAACUCCACGUGAUAACAUUAGGUCAACAAAUGAUAAAGGGACCAAUGUAAAGUUUGUAAUUGAGGACAAUCUUUCCUCCCCUGGUACCCCAAAAGUGGAAGGCCGAGAUGGUGCGGAGGGCAAUAACGUAGAAAGCCCUAACAAGGGGCAUAUGAAAGACAUGGCAAAGAGCAUAUUGAAGCAUGCUGGGAACUCUGCCCGUGGCCUAAAAAGUGCACUAUCCAGGAAAGGAUCCAACAAAACCAAAGGCGAGCUAGGAUCAAUACCUGCGGGCUGUGGAGAUUCUGCUGGGUCAGACUCAUCGGAAGAAGAUGUUUUACCAAUACCAGUGAAACCUGGAGUUGAACUGAAUACAGUUGUUGCCAAUCCCGUGUCUGAAUCCGGAUUUGAACUGAAAACAGUUGUUGCACAUCCGGUGCCUGCCAUUGGUUGUGAUUCUUUCAAGUCCGAUGAACAUAUUAUACAGGACAGUUCCAAUAAUCCUUCACUGGAGAACCCGGUAGGCCAAGUCAAUGGUGAAGAGGCAAAUAAAAUGUCAUCAAACAGCAUAGAGGGGGGAAAUGAUGCAGUGGUUCAGGAGCAUGUAACCUCCAACCCGAAGUCCUCUGAGGGGGACGGAAUAGAAAGAGCCAGCGAGACUUAGUUCAGUUGUCUGCAGAUUUUAUGUAACAGAAUAUGAUGUAAAAUAUGGGUGUUUAGUCGUGUUUGUUGUCUAGUUUGUACAUCAUACUGGUUUUAGGGGUUGUCGCAAGUUUGUGUUCCUUCUGUGUUGCGGACUUCCGGACAUCUGCGGGAUUUGUUAUGUGAUUGAAAUAAGUUUGUAAGCCUUGACAUUUACUAGUUUUGUAACUUUGAGCGGGACUUGUCUCAAUACAUUUAUUUCAUUAGUUA